AGUAAACUGUCCAAUAAUGAAGUAUCUCAUCCUUUGCUUUGCUGUUUUUGCAGUUGCGUCUGCAGCCUUGUACACCGAGGCCGAAUUCACCACCAUUAAAACCCAUAGCAAAGAAUGCCAAGAUAGCACCCAUCUAGAUGCGGAUAAAUUAGCCGAACUUAGAAAACGACAUUUCGAUGAAAACGACGAUAAAAUUAAAGAAUAUCUAUUUUGCGUUUUCAAGAAAAUGGGAUGGCAACACGAUGAUGGAACAGUAGAUAAGGCGCACGUUGAAACCACCAUGUCCAAAAACGAUGUUGCUAAAACCGCUAUGGAUAAAUGUAUCGAUAAACAUGGAAGUACCGGCCCUGAAACCGCUUUCACCGUUUUCAAAUGUUGGUGGGAUCAUUUACCGGCCGAUUUCAAAAUGGUCUCACAUUAAAUGAUUUUAUAUAAAUCUUACAAAUAAAUAACUUCCUUGCAUUUAU